AUGUCGUCUAGCGAGGCUACGAGCCCAUGGGCGGCUUCCGGGGUGACGAGGCGCAAGAGACGCCACACGAAAUCUCGCGCUGGCUGCCUGAUGUGCAAGUCGCGGAAAGUCAAGUGUGACGAAAUGAAACCCGAAUGCGGCAAUUGUAUCCGCUUCGACGUUGCGUGCGACUUUCUGCCGUGGCCGGAUAGGAAAGCAUGGGCCAGCAAGGCUCCUCGACUGGACGUCAAGCGUCCCGGCCGCCCUCGGGCCAAUUGGAGCUGCCGGCGUGUGAAUCUAGUCGCGGCCCCUACACCAGAGAUGCAGUCGUCGUUGGCGAGGUUGAACUGCGCCCCAGAUUCCUCACCCCCGUUGGACGUGGAUAGCCUCGAGCUGUUCCACCACUACAUGACUACCACGGCUGCGACACUCGGGGAUGCUCGUCUGUGGCGUGACGAAGCACUCAAGCUCGGCCGGCAGCAUCCUUGCAUCUACCAUAUAAUUCUUUCCAUCACCGCUUAUCAUCUAGCGAAGCUUCGUCCCAUUGAAUCGCUGAGGUACCUGAUCCUAGCCGAACAGCACUACGAAGCCGCUGUAAGAGGGGCGACGAGCAUGCUCCCUCGCCUUGACAUCAAUAAUUGUCAGGCAAUCUACAUCGUUACGGUGCUAAUAUGUUUCACCGCGUUUGCGAAGGGCCCGGCGCCCGGCGACCUGCUUCUCGUCGCUGGGAAAGGCUCUGUUCCGUGGCUAUCAUUGCUACAGGGUGUGCGCCUCGUGCUUGAGAGUAUUGGCUCACAUGUUGUCUUUACUGGCAUCCUUGCCCCACGAAAUUAUGAGCUAGAACCGAAAAUAUGUUCUUGCACGCGCACAGGCGGGUUGUCCCCGCUAGUCCUGGAACAAGUGUGCCAGCCUCACUACCUGGGGUGGGAUUGGCGCAAGUCAUUCAAAAGAGUUGGCGACUUGGCUAGUUCGCAUCCUGACCCAGUUCUGGUCGCUAUGUAUAAGAGAGAGUUUGAAUCGCUCGCCCGAUGCUUCGAGACAACUUUCGGAGCGGAACAUGUACCACAAAGCUGCACGCAAGGCAAAGUAUCCGUCGUCAUGGCAUGGGUGUACUUACUGACGCCCGAGUUUCUCGAGAGGCUGGAGCAGAAAGCUUGGAUUGCCUUGGUAAUGCUCGGGUACUUUGCAGUUCUGCUCCAGACAGUGGAAAGAUAUUGGUUUAUCAAGGAUUGGAGUAGUCACAUUUUACGAGAGGUUAGGCAGACCCUAGGUCAAGAUUUCAACGACUUAUUCAGAUAG